CGGUGUCGUGCCCGCGCUUCCGCGCGCGUCUGCUCGCUCGGUGACAGACAGCGGUGCAAAACAUCACAAGCCGCCGCCUGCACUGGAUUUCUUGCUCAGAUACCUGCCCGAUUCUCACGCAUAUAAUAACGAAGCAUUAGCCUAGGGCCUCUGUUCUAAUCUUUUUUUCAUUUCAUCUGUCGCGUUAAGAUUGUUUGAAAAUGAAUCCGCUGUGUAGUAGAUGUAACCGAGUCGUGUAUCCUACGGAAAAAGUGAAUUGUCUUGACAAGUUCUGGCAUAAAGGAUGUUUCAGCUGUGAGGUAUGCAAGAUGACUCUAAACAUGAAGAAUUACAAAGGCUUUGAUAAGAAACCAUACUGCAAUGCACACUACCCGAAAACGUCAUUCACGAGUGUUGCCGACACUCCAGAAAACCUACGCCUGAAACAGCAGAGCAAGAUGCAGAGCCAGGUGCUCUACAAGGAGGAGUUUGAGAAGAACAAAGGAAAAGGCUUCAGUGUUGUAGCUGACACACCAGAGUUGCAGAGAAUUAAGAAAACACAAGACCAGAUCAGCAACAUUAAAUAUCAUGAGGAUUUUGAGAAGAGUAAAAUGGGAGGAGAAGUUCACCAUCCACCACCGCAACAAAGCACAACUCCAGCAUAUCAACCCCCAGCUGCAUCGCAGAACUACCACUAUGAGCCAGAACCAGUGCGCCAAGCUGCUGCAGCUCCUCCGCCCAGCUCUGGGAAACGUUACCGGGCAGUGUAUGACUACGCAGCAGCUGAUGAGGACGAAGUGUCAUUCCUCGACGGAGAUGUGAUUGUGGAUGUGCAGCCGAUCGAUGAAGGAUGGAUGUAUGGAAGAGUGGAGCGUACUGGUCAGCAGGGCAUGCUGCCUGCUAAUUAUGUGGAGGCCAUAUGAGAAAGUAAACAAGAAAGGGAUAGAGGGAGAUGGAGAGAAAGGGAAAAUGAGAGAGAGAGAGAGAAAUGGAUAACAGGAGGCCCAGUGCCAUUCCAUAUUUUAAGAGCUAUUUUCUUUUCCUUGUCUGUGCUUUCUUAUUAAUGCGCCUAUGCUGAUAACUCAUACAAAACACAUGCAUACAAAAAUGCACUCCCACAAUUAUAUAGUGUAGACAUACAUACACAUUGUGUAUAGCCAUGUCUUGCUCUACCUGCUCUGUUUCUCUCUGCUCCCUCUUAGCUCUUGCUGUCUGACUGUCUACCUUGUCUUGUUUUUCAGUCUUGGAGAGGUGCUGUCACAAGUGGCACUUAACGUCUUAAUGACACACAUUCACACCCAAACAGACCUCUGAAUUUUUUUCAAGGCUGCUUUAUAGCACUUCGUGAACAGACAACCCUAGCCAUGUCAGUCAUUCCACACUUGCCAUGACAAUGAGAACCUUUUCCUUUUCCUGAACUUUUUGCAGCCUGUCGCUAGUUGUAGCUAUCAUUCUAGCCCAUGUGGCAUCUCAAUGGUUGUGCAGUAGUAAUGAUGCUUGAACAUGAGACUUCUGAUCAUUCCAUUUGUUCCACUGAGUCUUAAAGCGUAUCCAUCAGACCUCAUGGGUAUUGUAGUGAAACUGGAAUACAUGUGUAUAUAAAAAGAUCCUCUUACUGUGGCAUCGGUUUGUGUAUGGGUGUAGCGUGACUGGUGACCCUGCUCACAAGGCAGUGUUUUCAUCAUCUCCUUCAUAUGUAACACUUCAUUUCUGUGCUUUCAUAUAAAACAUAUAUGUUCUAGUCUAUUUUUUUUUUUUGCUGCACAGACUUACUAUGUAAAGGUAAAGCGGUGUUCUCUACUCUUCAUAAAAGCAAAAAGUAGACCCAUAGCACUCACCACUUACCUGAGAGCAGAACUGGAGAACCAGUGAGAGGGAAGGAGGAAGCACAAUUCUGUGGACCAUUUUAGUGGGUUUUUUGUCUCGACACCGAUUAAGCCUAGUCCUGGACUAAAUAUCACUGUUAACUUCCUUGUGAAAAAUGCUUUAGAUUCGUAGACUAUGCUAAAUCUGUGCCUAAGAACUAUCCCUAUAUAUGUUUUAACUUUUUCUUUUAGUUUUGUUCAGGAACAUUCCAUGUGCAUUGUAUGAUAAUGUAUCUCAGCAUGUACCUCUGCACUAUUCUUUAUGAAGUUAUUGGGUUUUUGCCCCUCUCAUCAUUUGCUUAUUCUCAUUACCUUGUUCGUAUUGUAUGAGCCGGAUUUGUAAUGUCAGUUAAUCAAUAUCAGUGGAAUAAAACAGAUCUAUUUGUAUAUCAA